AGGACCGGGUAGCGCUCGGCGCGGGGCGGGCGCGGGGGGGCGGCGGGGCCGGGCCGGGGGCGCUGCGGGCGCUGCUGCCGCCACGCACCGGGGGCCGCCGGGGGGUCCCGGCUCCGGGGCCUCCUCGCCAGCGGCGAGUGCGCGGCGCCGGCCCGGCCGAGAGGCGUCGUCGGCGCGACUGGAUCGCUCCUUGCCGCGGCGGCUGCCAAGGGACCGUCGCCGUCUCGUCGCCUCAGCGUCGCUGUCUGGGCCCAGCCCGCGCCGCCGCCCGCCUUACCUUCGUCCCCGGCCGGGCCUGCGGGAUGUUCAUCUUAAAGAUUCUGUGAAGAUGAAAAGGCAUAUCUUAUGGCUUUAUGAAAUAUAAAGCAAUACUGUCUGACAUGACGGCAAAAAAUGUUGGUGUGACUUCCACAAAUGGAGACUUGAAAGGAUUUAUAGAUCAGAACCAGAGUCCGACAAAAGGUAAUAUUUCAGUAAUCACAUUGCCAGUUUCCAGCACCAACUCUCCCACUAAGAUUUUGCCAAAAACCUUGGGACCAAUCAAUGUGAAUGUUGGACCCCAAAUGAUCAUAAGCACACCACAAAGACUGACCAGUUCAGGGAGUGUUCUGAUCGGGAGCCCGUAUACCCCAGCUCCAGCCAUGGUCACACAGACACACAUAACAGAGGCGUCCGGCUGGGUCCCAGGGGAGCGAAAACGGACUCAAGAAAUUAUAGAGUCAGAUUUUUCAGAAAGUAAGAGAAGCAAGAAAGGAGAUAAAAAUGGGAAGGGUCUGAGGCAUUUUUCAAUGAAAGUUUGUGAAAAAGUUCAACGUAAAGGAACAACUUCAUACAAUGAAGUCGCUGAUGAGCUCGUAUCAGAAUUCACAAAUUCUAACAGCCACCUAGCAACAGAUUCACAGGCUUAUGAUCAGAAGAAUAUUAGACGGAGAGUUUACGAUGCCCUCAACGUCCUGAUGGCAAUGAACAUCAUUUCAAAGGAGAAGAAGGAAAUCCGAUGGAUUGGCCUUCCCACAAACUCAGCUCAGGAAUGUCAGAAUCUAGAGAUAGAAAAACAGAAGCGGAUUGAAAGGAUAAAACAGAAGCGAGCCCAACUGCAGGAACUUCUACUGCAGCAAAUAGCAUUUAAAAACUUGGUACAAAGAAAUCAGCAAAAUGAACAGCAAAAUCAAGGCCCUCCAUCUUUGACCUCCACAAUACAGCUGCCUUUCUUAAUAGUCAACACUAGCAAAAGAACAAUUAUAGACUGCAGCAUAUCAAGUGAUAAAUUUGAAUACCUCUUUAAUUUCGAUAAUACUUUUGAGAUUCAUGAUGACAGCGAGGUGCUGAAGAGAAUGGGAAUGUCCUUUGGGCUUGAAGCAGGCAAAUGCUCAGCUGAGGACCUAAGAACUGCAAAAUCACUGGUGCCAAAAGCUUUAGAAGGCUACAUCACAGAUAUGUCUGCGGGAUUUUCAUGGAUAAACCAAGGGUUACUUUCAAGUUCAGCACAAGCAGUUUCCCAUUUUGAGGCAGCUGGAGGCACUUACGAUGCUAAAUCAAGCGAGAAUCCAGGGUUGUGUUUGGAUGCUGAAGUGGCCUUAGCAACCGGGCAGCUGCUUGCCCCUAGCAGUCAGCAGUCCAGCAGUGCAGCGUCCCGGGGGGAGACACCCUGCUCCUUCAACGAGGAAGAUGAAGAGGAUGAAGAUGAGGAUUCUUCCUCCCCAGAAUGAGGACAGUAGAAAAUCAAAUAUACAAAAUGCUGCUCAGAAAUUCUUUAAGGGAGUUCCUGGUUGGAUUUUACUGGUUUCUUGCCUUGGUUUGCACUGCGUUUGGUAAACCAAAACGGAAGCUUCAAAACAAGUUUAUCCAGAGCUGAAAUUGAAGAAUUGUGUAACUGAACACAGAGUGACAUGCAGAGACAGAGCAAAGUGGGUUUUAUAAACUAUAAAUAAGGAAAAGAACAAAGUCCCUGGAGAUUUGGCAAAGUAAACCUUAAGAUCAUCUUUUCCACUUUGGGACUCAAGUCUCUGUCUUCCCCUUGUCUUUUUCAGAUGGAGAAGAAAACAGUCAGUCAGUAAAAGCCAAUUCUUGUGUUGUCUUUUGGCUGGGCUGCCUUUAGAAAAAGGGGGAGAGAGCACACACAAAUGUGCUAAAAUCAUUAUUUUAAAUGAUUUUUUAUGAAAGUGGCUAUAGGGAAAAGGGGCUGUUAAAAUGUUUGCUUUUUUUCUGUUCAACUUGCUGUAUAGAAGAUUCUUAAAGUAAUAUAAAUUGCAAGUGAUUAAAUGAAUCUUGAAAUAGUUUAUAUCCAUUUUAGAUACUCUAAAAGUAACAAGAAGCAUUAGUAUAAAAGGUUCAUAUGUUCAUUUAUAUUGCAGGCCUAAUUUAUUAUAAAUGAUUAUUCUUAGCUAUUAUUAAAACAGUCAGGAAAAAAAAAACAGUAUUCUCUGCACCAGCUUUUUUCAAGGAAAAUAAGUAAAAAAAUUGUAUUUCUAGAUUACAGCGUAUUCAGUGUAGCUUCUCCUUUAUAGUUCUAACCUUAUAUAAUCCCUUUGAUAUUAGAGCAUGUCUUGUAUUUUUUACAAAAGGCCUCCCACCAUAAUAAGGAUCUCAGGCAGUGUGUUUUCAAGGCAGUCUUUUCAGAUUUGGGGUGAGCAGGUCACAUAACUUUUAAAGUCAUAGGCUGAGGUUCAAUAAUACAUCAUUUCAUGUUUUACAUUCUGGUCAGUUUGGAUUCUGACAGACUUUCUUAUGCAACUUCAGUUGCAUUCACCUUGAUGCACCUUUGAAAGUUGUAUCAAACCAUGUAAAAUAGUCUGUGGCUCAAGUUACCCAACACAUAUCCCAUGUGAACUGUUAAACUUAAACUUGCAGCAGGAGGCUGUGUUUUCCAUAGCUAACAUCACAUCCAAUCAUAAAGACCUUUUAAAAAAGCCAAAACCUUGAAUAUCAAUGCAGAAUGCACUGUAAACGUAGUGUUCCCAUGGUGUUCCAGUGCCCAGCCUCUGGGUUAACUAGCCUCUAAGUUAACUAUGUCUCAUGAGGUAAAUCUUUCCAGUUUUUCCAGUGUCUGCAGGGGGUUGCCCCGUGUCUCGGCUGUCCGAGGCAGCUGUCCUGGCUCUGUUCCUGCACUGGGGGAUGAGGCAGCUUGUGCUGCUGCUCACCUGAGCAAUGCAGCAGCUAGCCCUGGGCUGCUGGCAGCAUCACUCUCACAGCCUGGGCUGUGUCCACAUCAUCUUCUGCAGCCAAACCUGCACUCAUUCAGGCCAGCAAGAUCCAAAAGCACCGAGCCCGAGCUACAGAGAGAAAAUGAGGCUCCAGCUCAAGAGCUGCCUGGCUGUGUGCAGGAGUUAGCCCAGGGCUGGCUGCUCACAGGACAGGUAAAACUGUGAGGCGUAGACAAGCACCACCCGCAUGUGUACAUUACAGACCAAAGCAUCCAGAUAGAAACUUCUCACAGGUAAUUCAAACUCCUGCAUGUGAGGAGUACCUGAGGGCAGCACCAGUAUGUAGGGAUGGCUCCUGACUGAGCUGUCUGUUAUACACAAAUGAACAGCAAAUGCACAAACUAAAAUGGCUACUAUGGCAUUCACCCUUGGGGCAAGACUGUUCAGACCAUCCUGUGCUCAUGGCUCACAGGCAGACUGAGGGCUUUACAGCCCCUCACUUCCACUGAAUCUGAAACACUACCUCCAUACUGUUGUCACAUAUAUAUAGCAGGACUUCCAUACUAUCAUCUCUUUAUCACAAAAGCUUUGUACCUUUUUGGUGUUUUCUGGUGAGCAGCUCCUCCAAGCACACUUUUUCUCCCUCACCAGGUAGGCAACUGACUCCAGCUCCCUUCCCACUUCAGGGAGUUCCUUCUCAACUAACUAACCCACUCUUUCAUAGCUCUCUUAUUCUUAUUAGUUACAGCUGUGGCCUGUUGAAGUCAGACCUGCUCCUAAUCUUUGAUAAUUGACCCAGCUGCACCUCCUUAGGGGUAAGAUUACUUUCUAUACUAUCUUUAUUCUAUUCCCCCACACCAUACCAGAAAGGUUUUACAGGUACAAAAAAAUAUUCUUGCUGAGAGAGUCAGUGCAUUGAGCCAGGUGGCUCACUUUUGAAAUGGGGGGAAAAGGGAACAGGUGCUUCACACAUAUUACUGUGGAAUUGUCAGCUUCACGAUGGACAUUUCA